UCUCACUCACUCCCCUCACAUAAAAAGCACACGUUUGAGCCUUCUAGCAGAUCCGUUCAGAGAGCAGAGCAUCUCACACCUGUAGACGAAAGCUGAACAGAAGGAAGCUUUCGUUUUUACUGUCAUUCACCCUUGAUGGACUUUAGUUAUAAUUAACGCGUGACGAUCCCUGCACAAAAGCUUAUGCUAUAGUUCUACAUUUUUUUCCUGCUCUGAGAUCGAGAAGUUCAAAUCGUCGGGCGCAACUUUCCAGCCCCUCAGUGAGCGGGCAGCGACACUGAAGCGAUGGAGCCGUCCGUCAUCCCCGGUGCCGACAUGUCAGACCUUUACUCCAUUAACCCAUUUAAUGUUACUUUUCCUGACGAUGUUAUGGGGUUCGUUCCCGACGGGAGGAACUACACCGAGCCGAACCCUGUAAAGAGCCCCGCGGGAAUCAUCAUCGCCAUUUCCAUUACUGCUCUUUACUCCGUUAUCUGCGUGGUGGGACUUCUGGGAAACAUCCUAGUGAUGUACGGGGUGGUCAGAUACACCAAGCUAAAAACUGCCACCAACAUCUACAUCUUCAAUUUGGCCCUGGCAGAUGCACUGGCCACAAGUACACUUCCAUUUCAGAGUGCCAAGUAUCUAAUGAACACCUGGCCCUUUGGUGAGCCUCUAUGUAAAGUGGUCAUAGCCAUUGACUACUAUAACAUGUUUACCAGUAUCUUCACCCUUACUAUGAUGAGUGUGGACCGUUACAUUGCUGUGUGCCACCCUGUGAAAGCACUGGAGUUUCGUACCCCGGUCAAGGCCAAAAUCAUCAAUGUGUGCAUCUGGAUUCUCUCCUCCGCUGUUGGAGUGCCAAUCAUGAUCAUGGCAGUUACCAAAGUGACAAACCAAGGUGCAACUGUUUGCAUGCUGAAGUUCCCUGAUCCAGACUGGUACUGGGACACAGUGACAAAGAUUUGUGUGUUUAUCUUCGCAUUUGUGGUACCAGUGCUAGUCAUCACAAUCUGCUAUGGUCUGAUGAUCCUACGUUUGAGAAGUGUCCGUCUUCUCUCAGGCUCAAAGGAGAAGGACAGAAACAUGCGUCGAAUCACUCGAAUGGUUUUGGUAGUGGUGGCUGCCUUCAUUAUCUGCUGGACACCCAUCCACAUCUUCAUCAUUGUCAAAACACUUGUAGACAUCAACCAAAAGAACCCAUUUGUGAUCGCCAGCUGGCACCUGUGUAUCGCACUUGGCUAUACCAACAGCAGCCUUAAUCCUGUCCUCUACGCUUUCUUGGAUGAGAAUUUCAAGAGAUGUUUUCGAGAUUUCUGCCUACCCUUCCGAACCAGAGCUGCCCAGAAUAAUCUUAACCGAGCAAGAAAUGCCACAAGGGAGCCAGUGUCAGUUUGUGCACCUUCGGAGACAGGAAAGAAGCCAGUAUGACUAGGCCUGGAAAGGAUCCCACGGGGAUCCCAGUCCAGAAGAGUUCAGCAGGACCUUCAAUCUGAGGUCACCCAAAUCUCCACUACUGAAUUCUAGGAACAGAAAGGAAGAGUCAUUUCCUACACCUCAUCUCAAGUUUUGUAUAUUCAGAUUGUAACCAGAGAGACUGAGUUAAGCAACUCUUCUCCCGCACCAGUAAAUAAAUGCAUACACAAUGCUGAGCCUCUUCUGAGCCCAAAUGUUAUUAGACAAGCCAUGUCCAAAACAGGGUAAUUUACAUCAGUAUUAUCAGACUUUCAGGUUCUGGUGGACCUCCAGGGUCUGAAAUCAUACUGGUACUGAGAACAUAACCCAAAUAUGAAUGAAUGACCUGAGUCUGUAAGCAACGGACAAAUAUAUUCUCUACGAGAGAAAAUAACUGCUGGCACAUCAAGAAAUAAAAUCUCAAAUCCACAGGCUACAAAAGCAAACUGUGGAGAUGGGGUCCAAUUGAAGGACACCGGCUGAAAAGGAAAAGUAUUUUCAACAGUUGAUUAUAUAUUUCAUUUCUUUUACCUAUUGGACUUCCAUGGGGAAAUAGAAGAAAAAAAAAAAAAUAUUGGACAUAGAUGUAAAAACUCUCCUCAAAUGUCUGUUAACCCAUAGUGAUUGAAACUCUGGGGGAAUGAUGGGAAAAAAUGUGUCUUGCCCCAGAAUACACUGCUGUCAGAUUGGAGUAGAAUGGAGAAAGUUUGUGUAAUAUGACAUGCAGGCCAGAGUAUAUGGUCUGAACCAGAUCAUAGCGAUAUGGACAAAUACAUUAUGGAAAUAAUAUUGAUGGAUUAUUGAUGGCCAUUAUUGCUGAAGACCAGCUCGUGAUACCAAACUCUACAUCAACUUCCCAACUUACUCCUCCACUGUAGACCAUAAACACAUCUUCAGACAAACUUAUUUUCAAAACUUCUCGUUCCUCUUUCAUGUACAGUGAAGGUGCAUACAUGGCAAAUUUCUUCAGUUUCUGGGACAUUUCCAAUAAGGUUUACUUAAAGGAAUAGUAAACCCAACUAAAGAAACACUCUAAAUUACCAUUUAGACUGUUGAAAUAAAUGAUCCAUUAAAUGUCACAUCAAAACUAAGCAAGUUUUGUUCACAAAGCAAGGUUAAAUUUACAAGUAUUGUUUUUCACUGGAGUUCCCAAUAUACAUUAAGUAUAUUACUGGCUUAUUUUAAAUAUCAGUGGAACAUGAUAUAGCCCUUGGACUCUACAAUCAUUUUUAAAUGUCUUGAUUUUGACCUGUAAUGAAUGAAAUGUGCAAUCUGAUCAGUGUUAUAGCUUAUAUUCCUUUAGAAGCUGAAAGUGCUUCUUUAAUCACUGUGCUUUUACAGUCAAGUCAAUAGUGUAGUAAAAGAGAAUGUGUAUAGAUUAGUACAUUAUAUUAUUUGGGAUAUCUUAUUGUGGUUCGGCAGUUCAAUUUUGUUAAGUUCCAUUCAAAAUUUCAAGAGAUGGUUCCACCAUUUGAAUUCAACAUACCUCAUAAAUGCUUGGUGAAUUUGCAUUGCAACACAUCCUAGUAAUUUAGUCAACUAAACUAAAUUUGAUCUUAACCAAAAAUAUCACUAGAUGACUCACAACUCAAGAGUAAGUGUUUUUGAUGCCUUUCCUCUAGAUAUUUUCUAGUUGUACUAGCUCAUUGAGUCACUUGUUUUACUGUUAUGAUACUGAUAAUUGUACUGAGCUGUAAUUUUGUUGAUGAUAAGUGAUUUUAGUGAAAUUGUUAUAGUGUUUGUGUUGCAUUUUUAAGAAUAUGGAGUUUUUUGUUAGAAACUGUACAAGACUGUAAACAUCUGUAGAAUAAUCUGUUUUUAACAUGAUGUUAAAUUUCAUACAUGGUCUUAAACUGCCAAUAGAGCUGUUCAGGCAUUAGUUUGUAGGUUUGUAGGUAACAUUACCAGAAAAAGACCAUCAUAUUUUGUUUUUUGUUUUACAGUCAUAUCUCUUAAAGCAUGUGUGUGCAUUAAAAACACAAGUUGAUAUGAAUGUAUGUAUCAAAAUUCAAUGCUAAAUUUCUUCUUUUGGGCUACACACUGAACAGCUCUAUACACUCACCAUAAAACCAUAAAGACAGCAUAAUUGUAUUGGAAGAAAUGAUGAUGUAUUUGAAAUCAUGAUACUUGACUCAAUAGGCUUUUCACACUUAAAAUAGUUAAACCCUGGGUCAUUCUAAACUCCAUUAAAUUGAAUCUUGAGUUAUCUUGUUUCACAUUUUUCAUAAUUUACCCGGGGUUAACAAUUAAUCCUGGGUAUUCAUAAAAUGGCAUUUCACACUUUCACGCAUUUCUAAGACAUUAUAAUGUCUGAAUGGACUUCUUGGAUUAUAAAAAUAAAAAUGAAAACAUCUUUUCUUCACUCCAAUUUCCAUCACCACAACUUUUUUUCCCAUACAACAUGUGAUUCAUGACUGCCCAAAAGCACAUGAAAAUGUGGCUUGGUUGCUGUUUGCUAAGCAUUAUGUAACAUUCUAACACUGCAUCUUUUCACACAGUACACAUUUGGCAUGUCAAUGCUGGCUUACAGUGCAAAAAUGAUGCUAAUCCUGCUCAGGAGCAGGGUUUCACAACCCAGGGUGCUAACCCUGCUUCUAAAUUACAAGUGUGAUGCGUUACUAUACCCAGGGUUAAAAUCAGGGUUUAGAACAAUGAUAAUCCAGGGUAAAGCGCAGUGUGAAAAGCCCUCAUUUCUCUUUACAUGAUGCCAGUUAACAGAAUAUUCAGUCUUAUUUCUGAGUUUGUUUAAUUUUUGAUAAAGUGCUUUUAAGUUUUUGUAGAACAAUCUGUAGUUAUUUUUUUAUUAUUAUUUAUUUUAAUUCAUAAUUAUUUAUUAUUGAUCAAAAAUAGCAAAGAGUCUGCUUCCUAUUACCUUUGCUGGUUGUUUAUAUGUGGCAGAACAGAAGGUAUAUUAUGUUUUUUGUAUAUCUCUAGACUGGUUGUGCUGCAGUGCUCAGUGUAUAAUUGUGUCAGUAUGCGGGGGAUAAUUGUAGAAUCUCUCAUUAGCUUGCACAACUGCUUAUACUGUAAAUCUUUGAAAAUAUAAUAUUCAAUCAAAUAAAAAGCAUAUGCU